AUGACGAAAUCACCAGAUCUCCAGAGCUCCUCCUCCGCGCAAAACAUCAACAACGCGACGUCUCUCCUUCCACCCACGCUUCCUUACCCUGCUCCCUCUGAACCCCCUCCUCUUUACUUUGAUCCAGAUAAUCUUCAAUUGAUUAUCAUCAUGUUCGUCCGCCGUGUUGCAACCACUCUUCCCCGCGUGAGGGCCGCCCCCUUCCACAGCACCUCGCGCAACCUCGUCCAGAAGGGCGACGCUAUUCCCAACCUGGAUGUUCUGGUUGAGAACUCCCCCGGCAACAAGAUCAACCUCGCCAAGGAGAUCAAGGGCAAGGCUGUGAUCGUUGGCACCCCCGCUGCCUUCAGCCCCGCCUGCUCUAGCACCCACGUUCCGGGGUACAUCAACCACCCCAAGCUGAAGGAGGCCGGCCAGGUCUUUGUCAUUUCUGUCAAUGAUCCUUUUGUCACCCAGGCUUGGGGCGUUUCCCUGGACCCCCAGGGCAAGAGCGGCGUCCGCUUCUUGGGUGACCCAACCGGCAAGUUCACCGAGGCUCUUGACCUGAGCUUCGACAGCGCCGCCAUCUUCGGCAACAACCGCAGCAAGCGGUAUGCUCUGCUGGUGGAGGAUGGCAAGGUCAAGGAGGCCUUUGUCGAGCCCGAUAACACGGGUGUUAACGUCUCGGCUGCCGAGAAGGUGCUCGGUUAA